AUGGGAAUCGAACCCACGAACCUGGGCGCAACCGUAAGCAGCGCUAGCUACUGCACCACCGAGUCGCUAUGGCUCUGUCUGGGGUGCGUGGCUGUAUCGAUGGUGUCACCGGCGCCCACCGAGCCCCUCUACCUGGACAUCAUAGACAUGGCCGCCAUCAGCAGGAUGUCGCCGCAACAACUCGAAGCGCUCGCCGAAGGUCUUGCCGCCGAAGAGAUAAUGAGGACAAAGAGAUCGUCAGCCCAAGCGCUGACGUCAGUCGUGUCUAAGGCGUCAUCUGGGCUGCAGAGUAAAGUCGGCUUGCUGGGCCAAGCCUCAGCCUUCAUAUCCUCCGCUUCAAGUAAGACCGGAGGUGACCACGGAGGAUACUCUUAUGAACCCCCCCAGCAAGGUGAAAAAUACGAUUUCUUGGGCCUGAAGAAGUCAAUUCUUUACACUCUUUUCCAAGCCGUCAAAGCCAUUACCGGUGGAGUGACGAUUUUGAAAGGACAGCUUAUUAAGGGCGGUGGUGCCUUGGCUUCCACGCUGGGCAAGGUCAUUGCCGUAAAGGGUGAUGCUGUAAGCAACCUCGGAAAGAAAAUAGUCAGCUCGGCAGCGCUGAGUGAGAAGAAGCCUGUUUCGACACCAGUAUACGGUCCACCACCAACCUCACACCUCGAGUACGGCCCGCCACCAUCAGCAUACGGAGCGCCCACGGCUCCAGCGCACUACUCCCACACCGCACCAGCCCUGCCCACAGGAUACGCGGCCCACAAAUACCCAGCCCACUUGGACGGGCGAGGUAAACUGAACGGCGUGCACGCCGGACUUGUGAUACUGACGCCUCUUGGAGACGGAUCGCCCGGAGAGACGCUCGACACGGCGCACUCUGGCCACACGCCGCUAGAACCUCCCCAGUCUAUCCUCCACACAGUCUACAACGCUGUUAAAAGCGCUUUUUCAACCGCCCCCUCUCAAUCAGAGCCUCUCCCACAUCAAGCCCCUCCACCGCUCCAAACUGUUCCCGCUUUCAAACCGAUGUCAUGGGGUAACGUCAAUUCUUACGGCGAGCCCGCCACGGCUGAAGGCUAUACAGACUAUGUGCCGCACAAUCCCCAGUCUCCAUACGACUACGCUGCAGCUAAGCAUUCCGUCGUUUCAGAGCCUAAAGGUCUGACGCCAGAGAAAAUCCAGAAAAUAAACAACAACCUGAGCAAAGUCCAGGCGUAUUUAAAUCAGAAAAAGAGAUCGUUGGAGGAGGGGCCGAGCUUUAACGGCCUUGAAAAGUACAAGGAUCUGUUGAAAACGGGCCAGGUGCCUUUCCUGCCAACUCCUGUAGUAUUUGACAAUGAGAUCGGUGUGCUGCCGGCCGAAUUACUCCCUGAUUCCGUUACCACCACAUCCACUACUUCCACCACUAGCACAACGCCAAGUACCACGACCGUAGCCCAGAGUACGUCAGCGAACAGAAGAAAGGACGUGAAGUACAUCCUUCGUGGCAACAGGAUCGUCCAAGUUUGA